AUGGAAAUGACCUCUAACGAUGAUUUAAAGAAUUAUUUGAGAACAGCCCUAAAUGAUGAUGGAUUUUUAGGUGAAAUUAAAGCUGAUAUAUUGAAGAAGAUUUUUAAAAAAAUAAAGAAUCAAUCACCUGAAUUGAAAACAUCUCCUGCUUCAGAUAUACAUUCAAAUAUCAAAUUACUAAUUAAUGAAUUAAUAAUUGAAUAUUUAAACUUUGAAAAUUUAUCAUUUACAGAAUCUGUUUUUCGUCAGGAGUCCGGUCAUGGUAAUUUACAUAAUUUACCUAGGCAAUUCCUAUGUCAAACAUUACAAAUUAAACCAACUGUAAAUAUUAAAUCGUUAAUUCUUAAAAAUAAUAAUAAUAAUAAUGGCGAAAACCCAUUAAAUAAUCAAAAAUCUUCUACAGAAUUAAUUGAACAACCAAUCCCUUUAUUAUUCUAUAUUGUACAUUAUCUUAUGGUAAAUGGUUUAGAUAGAGUACAUAACCAUGAGUUAUGUAAUAAAGAUUUUUCAAGUCAAGAGCAAAAAUCAAUCACUAAUGGUCGGUCUAUAAAUAAUCGAAAUAAUGAAGAUGAUUACAAUCACACUUCUCUCCAAACUACACAAAAGCACUUUCAUCCAGAACAUAUUUUAAUUCAUAAACCAACUGAUAAUACAAAUUGGAUUAAUUCUGAAUCUGAUUUGUAUUAA